GGGGAAUUGACAAGGGCUAAUAACAGUAUCGUACAGCAUUUUAAGUUGCACUAUUUCGUUCCCUCUCGUCGCUCGCUCGCUGAGUCACACUCACUGAGUCACGUAACCAACUCUCGUGCUUCCGUAGUCUUCAAGGUUUCCCCCAAACGUCGUCGCUUUCUCACUCACACGCUUCACUCCACGCCUAGAUGAGCAUGACCAUUACCCUUAAAAAAGAUUUGAAACUUAUAUGUGACAUAGAGUGUCUGCAUCCACCGGCUGACUUAUAUGGAUUGCCACAAGAGUUGAAUGUAAAUUCAAUUGUUUCGAGGAGAAAGAUAUCCGAUAUUUCUGCUUUGCCACAGUUUUCAGUAGCACCUGCUCCAAAGUGUGUACGUGACAAGAAGGAGUGGGGAUUGUUUUUGAAUUUCAUGCACAAGCAUGACAUGAUUGCAAUAGCAAGCUUUGAGCAGUGCAAGUUCUACAUUUUGCCUCCACCUAAGGCAUAUAUAUCAGGCUCAGUUAAUGUUGCAUAUCAAAUAGGCAGCACAUGUAAUGUAGAUACUCGUUCAAGAGAUUGUGAAUCAGGUUCACACUUAGCCGAGGAAUAUGGUGGACACAAUACAAUCAUGGCAAGAGGUCCACCAAAUGGUGGAGAUGCCUCCUCCUCACUUCCGAAGUUUUCCCCCGCUGAAGAUCGCGCACAUCAUUUUACAUCUGAAACAUGUGGCGGAAUUCAAUCACAUGGGAUGAAGGAAAGACUGCCUGAGAAAAAUUUCAUACGAGCAGACCCAAGUUACCUAAAAACUCUUGGCCAGGCUCACUCUGGAUGGAUUUUUGGUGGAAUAGCUGAGCUUGUUGAUAAUUCACGGGAUGCCAAAGCAACUAAGAUUGAUAUUUUUAUUGAUAUGAUAAAGAUGAAGAAAUCUGGGAACGGUGUACCCAUGCUGUCAGUAAUUGAUGAUGGUCAAGGGAUGAACCAUGACGAGAUUAUGAAAAUGGUAUCUUUUGGGCACAAAAAUUCUGACUAUGAAGACAAGGACCAAAUUGGUAGAUUUGGUGUUGGAUUCAAGACAGGAGCAAUGAGACUUGGCAAAGAUGUUCUUGUUCUAACCCAGACUGCCAAUUCCAGAUCUAUAGCUUUUCUUUCACAAUCAUUGAAUGAAGGCAAGGAUAAUAUAGAGAUUCCCAUAGUUAGUUACUGCCGACAAGGACAACAGAUGGAAGUUGACACGAAAGCACAAUCUGAUAAAUUGGCAAAAUACAAUUUGAAAGCUAUUAAGGAGUUCUCACCUUUUAAUAAGUAUCUUAUUGGUGAAAAGGCAGCCUUGUUUUGUGGUGGUACGGGAACCCAAAUAUACAUAUGGAACUUGGAUGAAUGGGGUUCAGGGUGUUGCCUAGAGUGGCAUGAAGGAUUGAAAGGUGGGAGUUCUUUUCAUCAAGGUGAUAUUUUCAUCCGCAGCAGAAGGAGUCGUUCUCGUCUAGGCCAACUUAAUCAAAAGGUUCCUCUGGAUUACUCAUUACGAGCUUAUUUGGAAGUCAUCUUCUUAGUUCCACGAAUGAAGAUAUGUGUUCAAAGGAAACUGGUUAAAAGUCGACCGCUAGCAAAUUUCCUCACUAAUACGGUUAUCGUAAGUGGUGACAUAUUGGGAAGGCCAGUUGAAUUGACUCUAGGAUUUAGUCAAUUAGAAUGGGAUCAAGCAAGCUGUGGAGUAUUUCUGUAUUGGCAUGGUCGCUUAAUUGAGGCUUACAAGAGAGUUGGUGGCAUGAUUCAUAGUGCAGAUGUGGGUCGGGGUGUAAUUGGUGUCAUGGAUGUGACCAAUUUAAUGGAUGAUCGGGAUGGUCGUGUGUGGGUGCACAAUAACAAGCAGGGAUUCCAAGAUUGUGAAGCAUAUGCAUGUCUUGAGCAGUGGCUUGGGAAAAAAGCAGAUGAAUACUGGGAUACUAAUUUUGAUUCACUUAAUUUGGACAAGGAUGACUGUGUCUACAAACCAGAUUGUGAGUGGGUGCAAUGUGACAAAUGCCGAAAGUGGAGAAUGUUGCCUUCCACCUUUGACAGCCGAGCAUUGGAUACGCAAUGGUUUUGUUAUAUGGAGCCUUUCAAAGGUCAAUGUGCAGAUGCUGAACAGAAGGUGAAGCCUGGCAUAGUCACUGUUUCUACAAAGCGAUCAGGAUAUGAUUCCACGACGAAAGAUUCUCGUAGUAUCAAGGUGGAAGCUGUUUCGGAUGCUUCUAACACAGAUGGAAAAUUCCCCAAUUUGGAGAAUGUAAAACAUAAAGCCUUGAAGCGGUUGAAAAAGGGUGUUUCAAAUCCGAAGAAGAGAUGACCACACGAGUUAAAACGAAUACAUGUUUUUCUUCUUGUCCUCCAUUCUGCACAAAUUCAGGUUUUGGAAGCCAAACCAAAGAUGUCUCAAGACAAUAUAUUCUCAAAGACCUGGCAUUAACUCAUUUUUUUAAGAAUACUUUCUAACAUGUGAAUAUUAUAGGCACAAAUUCUCUAAACUCAAUGUUUUUUUUUGGUUGAAUUUGUGAUUAUGAUGAGAGAAAAGGAUUAUUGAUAAUAGCUCAAACCAAAGAUGUCCCCCUACAAUAUAUUCUCAAAUAUCCGACAUUAACUCAUCUUUUGAGGAAUACUUUCUAACAUGUGAAUAUUAUAAACAUAAAUUAUCACAAAGGAAUAUUUUAUGAAUUUA